AUGCCGACGAGCGAGCAGCAGUUCCCCGAGAGCUUAGCAUGGGUCGAGCGCGGCUCAGUGCUCAUCCGUCGCAUGAACUCGGAGCGCGUGGCCGAAGAUCCGCGUGUCCGUCGGCUGCUGCUGCAGUUGUCGCUGCCUCCGUCGCCGACGGAAGUGAUGGCGAUGGAAGCGAUUGAAGAGGAGGAAGCGCAGACGGGAGAGCGAGAAGAGAAGCGCGCAGCGCGCGUGCGGACGUCGUCGCUGUUGCUGGAUGGACAAGAGAGUUUCGAAGCCAUUGAAGCAGCUACAGACGGCGACGACGUGAAGCAGGAGAGCGAGAACGCGGCGCCGAAUACGUACCGCGUGCUGCUGUGGACGUACCGACUGCAGGCUUCGCUGCAGAGUGCCGUGCAGUAUGCGCUGUUUGCCAAAACCUGUGAAGACGGGUGCUUUAUCCAGAUUGCACCGAGGGUGUAUUGCGUGGCACCACCGCACAUUACGACGUUCAGUCGGCUAUUUGGAGCGUACUCGUCGGCGCGCAAUUGGAACGCAGCGGUGAAGGUUCUAGCACAGCUGGAUUCGCGAAUGUCAAAAAGGUUUGAAGAUGGAGCGUGUGUAUUUGACUGCGGCUUGUUUGACGGUGUCAAGCGCUUGCACCACAAGGCGUUAGCGUUUGACGAGUUCUGUGACGGACGGAUUGCUUCCAUACCGUACUGUCGUGGUCCGAUUCCGUCGAUGCACUCCGGUUUCGUGAUCACGUCAACAGUCGCUGCAUGGCUGGAUCUGAACCCGUCAAACGUUGCGAUCUUGCUCGCACCGAACAACGAGCAAAUGAGCGUUUUCGCAACGUGCUGUACGCUCUACUGCACGGACGCGUCUUCCUUUCCCGAGAAGUUUGGCAACGAUCUACUACGUGCGUACUUGCAGCACGUGAAGUAUGCGGAAACGUGGCCCGCAAAGCUCCAGCGCACUUUCAGCGGCACUGAUCCGAAAAAUGCAGCAUAUACCGGCGGAUUACCGAGGCCUCAGGCACGAUACAUUGUAGACUUCGGUAAGCUGCUGGAGAUGCGCGACAGGAAGUUGAUCGACUGCGCGGACUCGCCAGCGCUGGAGGAAAAGAAGCAGAAGCUGACGGGCAUUGCGGUUACGCCGGCAUCUCGAUCGAUCUAUAUCCGUCAAAUUGACUUGUUAUCGAGUCCUGAUUGUGCAAAUGACGCUGCCAGUCCAACAUCAGCUGCCGUGGCACCGCUAGCUGACACUUGUCGGCCAUACUUCGUCAUCCAAAGUGAGAAAGGGGUGUUGUUUUCCAGCUUGGUGAAUGGCGUUCGAGACGUGGAUCUUCGUUCGGGGCUACACACCUUUCGGGUGGGAAAGCAAUUGGAAAACUGCCGUGACCUGAUGUUCAAGAUGUACCACUUGCCAUUUGGACGACAGGGGGAACUACUGUUUGAAUGCCGCCUGCAUGCAAGCAUUCUACUAGAGCUCCAGCUUGUCGAAGAUGAGGUGGGACUUGGAGAGAAUGACCAGGGCGUCGCCACUCUGCACCUCGAAAAGGGCGACUUUGACUGCAUCUCAUCGACGUUCGCCCUGCCGAAGCAGUUUGUCAUUCGUGUUCUGUAUGCUCACGAUUCUAGCGCUUUUCCAGCCAUGGAGUCAUCUCUUCCUAUACGGCAGAUGGACGAGAUUCUUUCCGGUGGAGACGCAUUAGAGGCGAGUGCCCAUACAACUGGGGAGUCAGCUCACUCGAAUACAUUCUCCGAGCAACGAAGACGCGACAGUCGUGCAAAGGCGAUGCGGUACGAUGGUCCAAGCACUGUGACGUUUUUGAUAGGGAAACCUGGUAUUCGGACACCGUUUGGCGAUCUCGAUCUAGAGAAAAUCGAUGUGAUCCGGAAGACGGAAAGAAACCGAGUGGACAUUUACUUGCUCUUUCACGUGAACGCUGCUUGUAACGAAACGAAAGUGCUGCCACUGCGGCAUCUUUUCCGGUUUGUGCUUCCCGAUGCUAUUCGCGAGCAAGUAAUAAUGAUGGGAGCGAGUGAAGAGUCGCUGAAUGAAAAUGCGCCGUCUCCCUUUGACAUGGGUGCAGAAAGAGUGUCGUUUGACGAGGAGUAUGCGCGAUGGUUGCAGCAUUUGUAUGAAACUGACUUGAGCACGCCAGGGAAUAAUUAUGACGACGAAUUUGUGCGAGGAAUGUUAGUGACCGAAAUCCAACCGAGCUUGGACUUCCGGAUAGUAAGCAUUGAGACUGAGGCUAACGAGACGUCGUCCGACGCACAAGACCAGCACGGUCAGGCGCUGAAAUCCCGUGGUGCAUCGUCAUCGCUUCUUAACCAGCUUCCCACGUACACCUUCAGCACGGCAAAGGAGGACGAUGGCCGUGGUAUUCCGGAUUGUCUGAUAUGCCGCUGCGGCUUCGAGGUCGGCGAGGAGAUCAAGUCGCUGCCGUGUUUUCACUCGUACCACUCCGAUUGCAUUGAUCUGUGGCUGUCGCUGAACAAGGUGUGUCCGGUUUGUCAGUUCAGAGUCGACCAGCUUAGCUAA